AUGAGCGGGAGUCCAGACACAGGCUCACAAGGACGCUCCGCUCUCGUCCUCUACGGCUCCGAAACAGGCAAUGCGCAGGAUGUCGCCGACGAGGUGGGCGCUUUAGCCGAGCGUCUGUAUUUUACGACCCAGGUUUCUGAACUGAAUCAUGUUAAGCCGGAAGCGUUAAAAUCGUAUACGAUUGUCGUCUUCGCCGUCUCAACGACCGGCCAGGGAGAUUUACCGGCCAAUGCCCGGACAUUCUGGAGAUCGCUGCUUCUGAAAAAGCUACCGCCGACUUUCUUGAGCGGAGUGAACUUUACAUGGUUUGGGCUGGGCGAUAGCUCGUAUCCGAAGUUCAAUUGGGCUGCACGGAAAUUGUAUAAGAGGUUACUACAGCUCGGCGCGGAGGAGAUACACCCCGGUGGAGAGGCGGACCAUCAACACCCUGAGGGCUUGGAGGGCACAUUUAUUCCAUGGCUGACCGGGUUCCGGAAGCACUUGCUAGAGAAGUACCCCCUUCCUGAAGGGCAGGAUCCGAUACCGGACGACGUCCAAUUGCCGCCAAAAUGGGUUCUGAAAUUACGAAACGAGGAAUUAGAGACCUUGGAAGAAGCUAGUUCCCACAAUGGGGGCAAUGCAGCAGUACCCGGAGACUUUCCGGACACAUAUCGCCUCGACAAUGAUCACCGGCCCCUCCAAAAUAGCCUAACAGCAUCGCUUGCUCGGAACGAACGUGUGACCCCGGAGACACACUGGCAGGACGUGCGACAUUUGGUUUUGACGGUUCCCGACCCGGUUUCAUAUGCUCCAGGAGACGUGAUAGCCAUCACACCAAAGAACACCCCUGAGGAUGUCCAGAGUCUCAUUGAGAUGAUGGGUUGGCAGGAGCAAGCGGACCAGCUUGUCUCUCUAGUCCCUAGGGAUAGCACUCGAUCCACGAACGAAUUACCAACUCCGCCAAUCCACAACCUUGAAUCUCACUCCAGAUUGACUCUGCGAGAGCUACUGAUAAACUAUCUAGAUAUCAGAGCAAUCCCUCGCCGGUCAUUCUUCGGAGCUAUAGCACACUAUACAACAUAUGAGAUGCACAAGGAGCGACUUCUGGAGUUCACCAAUCCAGAAUAUCUUGACGAGUUCUGGGACUACACCACACGCCCCAGGCGUAGCAUUCUCGAGAUCCUGCACGAAUUUGAUACCGUCAAGAUCCCGUGGCAGCAUGCAACAUCGGCUUUCCCCAUCUUCCGAGGAAGGCAAUUCAGCAUUGCCAGUGGCGGAGAGCUGAAGCGAACGCCAGAUGGUGGUGCAAGGUUCGAGCUCUUGAUCGCCAUCGUCAAGUACCGAACCGUGAUCAAGAAGAUAAGAGAGGGUGUCUGCACGAAAUACAUUUCAAACCUCCGACCUGGGAGCACCCUCCGAGUCCAGCUGCAACGAGGCGGCCUCAACUCGUCUGUCGGCCAACUAGUUGGACCAACGAUGCUGAUCGGGCCCGGCACGGGUGUUGCGCCUUUACGGUCCAUGCUCUGGGAGAAGGCUGCUAUAGUCAAGUCCUAUCAAGAAGAGAACCCGGGCGUGGAUCCGCCAAUCGAGCCCACUAUCCUCGUCUACGGUGGUCGUAACCGGGCCGCAGACUUCUUUUUUAAAGACGAGUGGCAGCAACUGAGUGACCUGAUCAAACUCAAAGUCCUGACGGCAUUUUCAAGGGACCAGAAGCAGAAGGUUUAUGUGCAAGACGUCAUCCGGGAGAACUCGAGCCUGGUCUUCAACCUCCUGCACGACAAGGGCGGCGCCGUGUUUGUUUGUGGCUCUUCCGGACGAAUGCCACAAGCUGUCAGGGAGGCUUUGACAGAGGCAUUCCAGUUCGGGAACGAGGCUGGAACACAACGGUUCAGCCGGCGAGAAGCUGAAGAUUAUCUGGUCGGGAUGGAAAAGACAGCGAGAUAUAAACAAGAAACGUGGUAG